AUGGAAUUUGUUUUCAAAAUAAUCACAGCCCUAGUUUUGCUACUAGCCAACUGUACUAGUGGGAUCGAUAUCGACAUCAACGACGAAGACUCUAUAUGUAAUGCGGCUAUGAAGGUCCAGAAUGGUACGUGGAACUAUUACGAAGGGACCAAAUAUGGUGGAACAGUUGGAAUGUUUGCCUCACCCAACUAUUGGUGGAAUGCUGGUGAAGCCUUUGGCGGAUUAUUGGACUACUACAUCUUUUGUGAUCCGGAAAAUGAGCAAUUGGAAUCCAGGAUAUUUGACGGAAUGUAUCAUCAAGCUGGUGAAAAUUACAACUAUAUACCCUCGAAUCAAUCAAUGACUGAGGGUAAUGACGAUCAAGGCGUCUGGGGAAUGGCUAUCAUGGAAGCAGUGGAGAGAAAUUUCACAAAUCCCGACCUGCACUCCUGGUUGGAAAUGGUGCAGGCAAUCUUUAAUACCAUGAAUGCCAGGUGGGAUACAGCUCAUUGCAAUGGGGGUUUGAGAUGGCAAAUCUUUACAUGGAAUUCUGGGUACAACUACAAGAACUCCAUUUCAAACGGUUGUCUUUUCCAUUUAGCUGCAAGAUUAGCGAGGUACACGGGAAACGGCACAGUUUACGUUGAUGUUGCAGAAAAAGUUUGGCAAUGGAUGGAUGAUGUUGGGUUUUUGACCGAGGAAGAUAACGGUGACUUUAGAGUGUAUGACGGUGCCGAAGUCGACGACAAUUGUACCGCUGUGACUAAACUUAGGUGGUCAUACACGUAUGGUGUUUUUAUGGCUGGCUGUGCAUAUCUCUACAAUUUUACCGGGGACGAGGUUUGGAAAACGCGUACAGAAGAGAUUGUUGAUGCAUCAUUGAGCUAUUUUUUCACCUCAGACAAGAUUAUGCAGGAAACCACUUGUCAACCACACAAUUUGUGCAACAAUGAUCAAAGAUCAUUCCGUUCGUUGUUUUCGCGUUGCUUGGGUUUAACAAAGUUGAUUAUUCCAGAGUUUAAAGAAAAGAUUGAACCAUAUUUGGAAGCAAGUGCCCAAGCGGCUGCGCAGUCAUGUUCGGGGGGUACUGACGGUAUGACAUGUGGUGAAGACUGGAGUACUUCUGGUUGGGAUGGUGUAUAUGGGUUGCCAGAGCAAAUCUCCGCACUUGAGGUGAUAAUGUCAUUAGUUGUAAAAGAGCCACUUACUGUGGCAACCGGAGGAUCAAACAGAAGUGAUUUUAGUGCUGGUACUGAUUCUCAGGAUUCUGUAAACAAGAAUGAGAUUACUGUUACUGGUAAAGAUAAGGCCGGUGCAGGAGUAUUGACUGCUAUAGUGUUGGCAAUCUUGUUGGGUGGUUCCAUAUGGAUGAUUUUUUAA